AUGUCCAGCUAUAAGCGAGCUACGCUGGAGGAGGACGAGGUGUCAGACGGUCCGGCUGAAGCGGCCUCGUCUCCUGACGCAGUGGAGGUGGGCUUCAGGAAGGGGGGCGUGGACUUCCUGGGCCGUAGGACUCAGCUGGAGGUUCUUCUGUCGGUUCUGCUGCUGGCGGCUCUGUUUGCUCUGCUGGUCUGUCUACUGCUGCUGGGCCUGAGACUCAGCUCAGAUGGAGGAGGAGGUGUGUGUCUGUCGGAGGCGUGUGUGACGGUGGCCAGUCAGAUGGUGGAGGCCAUGGACCGCUCUGCAGACCCGUGUCAGGACUUCUAUCAGUUCUCGUGUGGAGGCUGGAUCAGGAAGAACCCGCUACCGGACGGACGGUCCCGCUGGUCCACCUUCAACUCCAUCUGGGAGCAGAACCAAGCGCUCCUCAAGCACCUCCUGGAGAACGGGACGUUUAACGGGAGCAGUGAGGCGGAGAGGAAGACUCAGUCCUACUAUCUGUCUUGUCUCAACACUCAGAGGAUCGAGGAGCAGGGAGCUCAGCCUCUCAUCGACCUCAUCGCCAAGAUCGGCGGCUGGAACAUGACCGGUCCCUGGGACAAAGACAACUUCAUGGAGGUUCUGAAGGUGGUUUCUGGACCGUACCGGGCCCAACCCUUCUUCAGCGUCCUCGUCAGCGCUGAUCCAAAGAACUCCAACAGCAACGUCAUCCAGGUGGACCAAUCAGGGAUCUUCCUGCCGUCCCGGGACUACUACCUGAACCGGACCAAUGAGAAGGUGCUGGUGGCGUACCUGGACUACAUGGUGGAGCUGGGUCUGCUGCUGGGGGGGGACCGGACCACCACCCACCUGCUGAUGCAGCAGAUUCUGGACUUUGAGACGGCGCUGGCGAACAUCACGGUUCCUCAGGACCAGCACCGCGACGAGGAGAAGAUCUACCACAAGGUGACCAUCGCCGAGCUGCAGCUCCUGGCCCCGGCUGUAGACUGGUUGGACUUCCUGUCGUCCUCUCUGUCUCCUCUCGAGCUGAACGACAGCGAACCCGUCGUCCUGUUCGCCAAAGAAUACCUUCAGCACGUCUCUGACAUCAUCAACAAGACGGACCGCAGCCUGCUGAAUAACUACAUGAUGUGGACGUUGGUGAUGAAGAGUGUUUCUAGUCUCGAUCAACGCUUCGAAAACGCUCAAGACAAACUGCUGGAGAGUCUGUACGGCACCAAGAAGUCCUGUACUCCACGCUGGCAGACGUGUAUCGGGAACACUGACGACACGCUGGGCUUCGCUCUGGGAGCGCUCUUCGUUAAAGCUACGUUUGAUAAACACAGCAAAGAGAUCGCCGAGGAGAUGAUCAACGGGAUUCGUUCAGCGUUUAAAGAAGCUCUGGACCGACUGAGCUGGAUGGACGACCAGACGAGACAAGCUGCUAAAGACAAGGCUGAUGCCAUCUACGAUAUGAUCGGUUUCCCAGAAUUCAUCCUGGACUCCAAAGACCUGGACGACGUUUAUGACGGGUACGACGUGUCAGACGACAGCUUCUUCCAGAACAUGUUGAACUUCUACAACUUCUCAUCCAGAGUGAUGGCCGACCAGCUGAGGAAGACUCCUAAUAAAGACCAGUGGAGUAUGACUCCUCCUACAGUUAAUGCGUACUACAUGCCCACUAAGAACGGCAUCGUCUUCCCUGCUGGAAUCCUUCAAGCUCCUUUCUACGCCCACGACCAUCCCAAAGCGUUGAACUUCGGAGGCAUCGGGGUCGUGAUGGGUCAUGAACUGACUCACGCCUUCGAUGAUCAGGGUCGGGAGUACGAUAAGGACGGGAACCUGCGGCCCUGGUGGCAGAACUCGUCGGUGGAGGCGUUUCGGUUGAGGACGGAGUGCAUGACGGAGCAGUACAGCCGCUACACCGUCAACGCCGAGCACGUCAACGGGAAGCAGACGCUCGGAGAAAACAUCGCUGACAACGGAGGCCUGAAGGCUGCCUACCACGCGUAUCGGUCGUGGGUGGAGAGGAACGGAGAGGAGAAGACACUUCCUGCUGUCAACCUCACCAACGACCAGCUCUUCUUCGUGGGAUUCGCUCAGGUGUGGUGCUCCGUGCGGACCCCAGAGAGCGCUCACGAGGGCCUGCUGACCGACGCUCACAGCCCCCCCCGCUACCGCGUCAUCGGCACGCUCGCCAACUCUCCGGACUUCAGCCGCCACUUCAACUGUCCUGCAGGAACGCCCAUGAACACUGGGAGGCGCUGCGAGGUCUGGUAGAGCCUGGUGGCAGGCAGAGCGGUUAGCAGAGCGUUAGCGUUAGCAGAGCGUUAGCGUUAGCAGAGCGUUAGCUAGAGGGUCUUAGAAGGGUUCAGGUGUAAUAUUCAGUUUCAGUAUAAAUAUGUUAAUUAGACGAUCAGACUGACUUCCUGUCUGGAAACGUAACGAUCUCAGUGGACUUCAGAGGACGGACUGAUGAAGAUGAUGAUGAAGAUGAUGAAGAUGAUGAAGAUGAUGAUGAAGAUGAUGAAGUCACGUGGGACGAUGUUGCUGAUCAGCAUUUCUGCUUUAUCACCGUUAUUGAUUAUUAGUGUGUGUGUGUGUGUGUGUUGUUGUGUGUGUGUGUGUGUGUGUGUGUGUGUGUGUGUCUC